GAGGAAGUACAGGUCAAUUUUACUGGGAUUUCACUGGGAAGUAAUUUUGCACACUAGGAACGUUGGAGUCUGACAUGACAACAUAACAGACUGUUUAGACAAAAUAAACAAAUUAUAGCCAAAAAGUAUUGAUAGAACUGGACACCUGGAUACACAUACAGUAUAUAGACAAGAUGUUGAAGAAAGAGGGAGGGAUGGAGAGCAGCGAGGGAUCCGGAUCUCGAGUGUUGAGUGAGUUGCUGUCGGUCCGUGAGAACGCUCUGCUCUUCUUACUGCUGGGGCCCCAGUGUCAGGCAGAGACCUCUGCUGUGGCUCAGGUGGUCCUUGCCUCAGGGUCAGGCUCAGGACAUCAGGUGUGGAGCUCCAGGGGCUCUGGGGUGUUGUGUCUAGUCAAAGACCUCUCCAUGUGCUCUUAUUUUCUACGUCUCUACUGUGUUAAGCGAUCUACAUUACUAUGGGAACAAGAACUGUAUAUUCAAUUUAAGUACACUGCAGUCUGCCCCUUCUUCCACACUUUUCCCUCAGAUGACUGCCAAGCAGGUAUAAACUUUGCAGAUGAGGCAGAGGCAGAAAGGUUCCAUGCUGCUAUGGUGAAACAAAUCCAAAGAGCCCAAGAGAGAAGGAGUGAGUGGACACAGAUGACCCAUAAUAACAGACUGCAAAACUCAGCAGGCAAUUUCUCCAGACAGGAACAAGGCAGGCCUGGGAGCAGUACAUCUGUUCACUCAGAACAUGAAGAAACUAUGGAUCCGGAGACAGGCUUCAGUCUUGAUAAUAUAACUCCAUCUAUGAAGAAGCUGUUAAGGGAGGCAGGGUUUAGUGAGGAGGACCUGAAGGACAGAAACACUUACAAGGUCGUCUGCCACAUCAUUGACAGAUUUGGGGGACUGGAGACUAUCCAGAAGGAGAUGGGGAGCAAAGGUCCAGGCGUCCAGACCCUACCCCGGUCAUUUGGGGCUUCCCUUACUUUGGCCCUCAAGAAAGGACCUUUGCCACCAGUGCCGUCCUUCAAACCCACCAGCCGAAAAUCUCUGCCCCCCUCCAUCCCCCAGCCUUCCUCCACACCACCUCCCCCACCCCCUGAGAGGAUCAAAAAGAGCUACAGUUGCAAACCAAUGAGCUCACCUAUAGCUGGUGAGUCUGACCUCAUCCUAACUUCCCUGCGAGAGGCCUUCCAAAAGAGAUUGAAACUACAGCACCAUACAGGUACUAGGAGUGACCUGUCGGAACAGGAUUCAGACUGUGGAUUGAAGCUGUAGAAAUACCAGAGGAUAUACCUGGAAACCCCAAAGUGAAAAACCAAAUAUGCUUCAUAUUUAUUGCUUCAGGAGCAUAGGGCUUUCAUAGAUAAAAUACAUUGUGGUGGUUAAUUAUAGCCUGUCUCUAGAGUGUGAUAAUUGAAUCGUUAUGGAGCUUGACCUGGUGAUUGUCAAAAUACAAACAAUUCCACAAGUAAAUAAAGAUGAUA